GGCAGAGAAUGUAUUUCCUAACGCACACGGUCCCCCAGUUCAGUCACACAUUAAAAAAAAAAGAUGGCUGAAAAAGCCCUUUAUUGUACAGAAAACUGUGAACUGUACAGUACAUACACACAAAUUGACUGCGCAGCCCGACCCGCGGUGUCCGAAAUUACAAACCAUUUUAUUUUUCAGAAGGGACGAUAGUCGAAUCUCUGGAUAGAUUCCAGCGUUUGCUCAGCGUUAAACCAGACGCGGCAGAAUCCCGCCUCCUAGAGCUAAACGAACAUAAAUCUGUUCUUUCCACAGAAAAAGAACGCGUGAGAGCAACUCUCCUCCUAUCGGAUAUUCUUGAUAAAACUAUUGGAAGUUUUUUAUUUUAUUUCCACCAGAUCUUCAGUAGAAAAAAAAGAUUCAAUCGCUGUUUUGGAAUAGGUAACUGUGCCAAAAGAACGCUGACAACAGAGUCUUCCAAUUAGUGCGUUUCUCCCGGCCGCUGUCGCAAGACGGUCCGAUAAAACACAAGUGAUGGAGUCUCCUGUCAGCACCGAGCCGUCUCCUGGGAAAACUCCCCUGGUCUCCUUGACCUUCGAGAAAGACCCAGACCGCAAGAGGAAGUUCCUGGAGGCUGAUCCCAAAAUCUUGGGGGUUGCUCAGAUCAUGCUCAGUUUAUUCAACAUCGGAAUGUCUACCAUCGGGUGUUUGACUGUCCAGCACAAUUGCAAGGUGGAACUGGCAUCCAUUUUCGUUAGCCUUUGCACAAUUGCAGCUGGGAGCAUAUCGAUUUCUGCCCAAGACCUCCAUCUGCCAAAGCUCAAAGCCUGCCUGGCUCUGCAGAUCAUCGGCGGCGCUCUCCUCGUCGUCGUGUGGCCCCUGCACCUGGGCACCAUAAACGUCGUCUAUUCGUACAAGUUGUGCUGGACCGAGAGCAACAUGACAGAAGCCAGAACCACCUUGUGCGACAGCUUCCAGGCGGUGUACGGACGCAUCAGUGCCGAGGGGGAGCUGGUGCAGGUGGCGCUCAUAGCCGUGUGCAUGACUCUGGCCGUCUACAGCGGCAAGGCCAUCCAGUGCUGCGGCCAGGGAUCCCGCAUGCCAGUGAUCACGGUGAACAGCCCACCACCGCCCAGCCAGAGCAGCGAGGAGGUUUGGCAAGAGGCUGGCCAGUGACUCCCCCUCCUACAGCUCCACAUGCCGCACAGCAGCUCCGAGGCCCCAUUCCCACUGACCUGCUCUUCCCCUCACAGUGUCUUCCUGUAAUCAGCUCUCCUGUCAACGAACCUCUGUGAAAUAAGUGUCUCUCUAACAACAUUGAUGCACUAACAGGUUUAUUACUCUAAGAGCUCCAGAGCUCUGUAUUACUCAGUAGCUGCCUUAGUCUGAGGUAUACUAUAAAUAUGUUAUAAAUAUCCCACAUGACUAGGCUUCAACCAACAGGACUGGGCUUGAAGCAGAAAGAUUUUCCUGUGGCUACUUA